GGCUGCCGCCGGCUCCUCCUUCGAGCCCCCCGCGGCUGGGGAGCCGAGGGGCCGCGGCUGCUCCGUGUCAGAGGGGGACGCGCAGGGCCGCCGCUCACCGUCUGAGACUCCAGUUAAGCUAUUGCUGCAAAAUCGGAGCUUUCUGCGGCUGCUACUUCCAGCCUCCUAGCAUAGCACACUGUUUUCAGUACCCAUCUUGAGAGCCGAUUUGGCUGAGGUCUUGGGAAGACGUUAAGAAAGCUGCUGCUGACCUCUUCUGAGGUCUAAGGAGGAUGAAGAUUCAACACCCAAACCAGCAUCUGCAUCCCAGACAGUCACCUCAUCAGAGUCCGAGGCCUCACAGUGCAGGCCGCAGAUUGGAUCACCUGUGAAUGUGCAUGCUGCAGACGAUUCUAGAAAAAGUGAUGGUACAUCAGAGGACCAGGAAGUGGUUGGACAAGGAGAGAAGCUGGCUGACCAGAUCCAGCCCCCCAGGGAGGAGGCCGUAGUGCGGAUGACCAAGUACCGUGCCCCACAAGGACCAGGGGAUAUAGUCAUGAUACAGUCAGAACACACAGGUGCAGUGGAUGUCCUCUCUGCAGAGCUGGAGACUGCAGACCUCCUUGGUGAGCAGAGAAAAGCUCAGCCUCCUCCUCUGGCUCCACCCUCCACUUGGACCACUUGCAAGAUAAGGGAAUUUAAAGCCAAAAUGGGAAAGGAGAAGAAUACUCAGUUGGUGGUGAAACGGGGUGAAGUAGUGACAGUCCGGGUGCCAACACACCCAGAUGGGAAGCGUGUUUGCUGGGAGUUUGCUACGGAUGAUUAUGACAUUGGCUUUGGGGUCUACUUUGACUGGACUCCUGUCACCAGUACUGCCAUUACUGUGCAGGUCAGCGAAUCAAGUGAUGAGGAAGAUGAAGAGGAAGAAGAUGAGAUUGAAGGACUCACCCCAGUUGGAGAUGUGGAGAGGGGCUCUAAAAGCUCUCUACGAAACCGUUAUCGGGAGAUCAUGCCCGUGUACCGAAGGGACAGUCACCGGGAUGUGCAGGCAGGCAGCCAUGACUACCCGGGCGAGGGCAUCUACCUGCUCAAAUUUGACAACUCCUACUCCCUCCUACGCAACAAGACUCUCUUCUUUCAUGUCUAUUACACCAGCUGAAGGAGGGGAGGGAGUGGGGACAGCAGGCAGGUAACACUGAGCAAAAUAGGCUGCCAUCCAGGUCUGGCACCCCCUAACUGGCACUGCCCUAUGGCUGAGUGAGAGGCCUGGCUCUCUGCUCUCCUGUGGAUAAGAACAGGUUUUCCCCCAUUCCCUCCCAGCUUACUCACAGUAAAGGGUAGCUGUGGCUGCUCAGUUAUCCAAAGGCAACUCCUCUCGCUCUAAAUUUCAGGAAGCUUGCUCUGUGAAGUCAUCAGGCUGGGACUUUUCAUUACAGCCAGUAAAUUGUCAGAGGGUAGAUUCAGAUGGCAGCAGUUUCUUUCUAUUGCACUUGUAUGAACUGAAGCUGAAAUACCCUUUUAUUUAAAUGGAUCACCAGUGGGUAAUUGCCAACCAUGCUCUGCUAGCAGGCAAAGCCACCUGUACCACAGCCACUCUCCAGCUGCAUCCUGUCUGCAUUGCUGUACUUUACACACUAGCCAAACCUCCAUUAAUCUCUGUGUGGGGAUUCAUCCCUCCAACUACCUGAGUUGCAGCCUGCAUCAUCUGACCCCAUUCAUGGUGGUGUAGUCAUGUCACAAGUGCCAGACCCAAUCAUGUGAAACCUUUAUUUUGGAUCUUUGCAGAGGUAAUCAGUAGGAAGAUCUCCAUAGAAAAGAGAAAGCAGGUGUGGAUCGGGAGGUGGAUACAGAUCAUCCUGACUGUGGGGAUGUGUAAAAUUCCUGUCACCAACAAAAGUUUCUCUUACCUGUGGGGAAAAUUGAGCUGCGGCCUCUUGUGUUAAUGUAAAACUGUUAACGUCCCAGGUCAACACACUUUGAAUCUGAAAAAUAUGGGAUCAGCCUUUCCCUUAUAUACCCACCUGGAGUUAGUUAGGAAUAACUUCAGGGACUCACUAACGCAUUGAGGAAUGCAGCUCCUGGCCCACCUCAGGGGUUAGUAGUGGCAAUAGUGGUCAGCCUCUGCUCAGCCCUUGCCAGGAAUAAGCAAGGAUCACAUUAAUCUGUCAACAGAUGGGUUUUAAAGGGUAUUUAUUUGUAACUCUUCAAGAUUCAAAAUGAGUAUUUAUUUGAUUUUAUUCAAGAACCAUUUCCCUUCAAGGUAGCUGCUGAAUUUGCUCUGAGGUGCCUCUGUUUGGAGUUACUGAGUGACUUUGUGCAUGAUGAUUCUGGUGAAGUUCCAGUCUGACACCCUCCAGAUAUUGCCCUUCUGUGCAGAUCUAGCCCUCGCUGCAGAUGGGGUUAGUGUGGGGGUGUAUAAAGCCAAAGACUUCACUCUCCUAAGAAGCCCAAUAAUUCCCUGGUGAUUCCAUACCUCUUGAUAUAGGCCCUUUUUUUUAUCUGCUCUGCCUACUUAAGCACUCAGGAGCAAUAGGUAGGUCAGGGAGGUAAGAGCAGAGGGAGGUGUACCAUUGAGCAGCCCAUGCCAGUCUGCUGCUUCUGCGGUAGUGGGUGGGGAGGACAAGGCAGCAUAGGCUCAGGCACCAACAUGUGUUUUUGUUUUUCAGGAGAGGAAGGAGGCAGGGAGCACAACUGCUGUUCUAAAAAGUAAGGGAUGAGGAGCAGGGCUGCUCCUCCUUUAAGGGGCACAGAAACAAGGAGGGAGCAGCUGCAGCUCUUUUUCUCUUCCCAGGAAGGGAGAGGGGAGUGAAGAGCGGAGUGGCCCAGCCCAAGAGGAGCUGGAAGGUAAAGUAGCUGCCUAAUUCCAGGUAGCAUCAGUGGAGGGGCCCUGCAAGGAAGAAGAGAAGCAGGAUUUUUUUAAGGGUGGGGCCCUCCCUUCCCCUCUAAGCAGCCUGGGCAUGGGCUCCUUUCUCCCUGACCCCCUAACAGCCUGGGCAUGGAUGCCUGCUUCCUCCCCAAGCCCUCUUGAAGUGCCAGGGCAGGUACCUCCCUCUCCAGUUGCUUCCUUCCACAACCUCUCCCCCAGAGCCUGAUCAAGGAACCCCUCUUUUUUACUUUGGCUCUCAACUUCCUAAACACCAGAUGUGGAGCAGGGCCCUGCCCCACCCCUUAAAUAUUCUGCUUCUGACUGUAAAUCUCCGUGUUCCCCCACCCUGCUGUGUAAUGCAUCAGUGACUGCUAUGCAUUUGGCCUCUUGCUACAUAUUUUGGAGGGUCCUGCAUGCAUCUGGAAGAGGAGAGGUAUGCACUGUCUAGGCCACCAGCCGCUGUCUGAAAUAGGACUUAGUAAAUAAGGAAGACACGCUUGACCUGUGUAUAUAUAUACCAGCUAUUCUAGAGACUGCUGAUGUCAUGGAUUCUCAUGUGGAGAGUUCUACUCAGGGCCGGUGUUCUAGAACUGUCUCCAGGAUAAAUUGUUCCCCUUUAGCCAAUCAGAGACUGGUUCCUUUCUAGGUAAUUGGCAGCUGCUCCAAAUAGUCCUUAGCUAAGGUGGACUGUACAGUAGAUGGGAAUCCCAGUGUUCAGUCCUGCCCCUCUGAAAUAGACACAGAUCUUUCUUCUGAGGCUCAGUCCACUUCAUCAGAUUUGCCCCUUUCUUGACUCCUUGAUUAAAGACAAAUGGUCCUUGUAUAUGAUGUGCAGUCCCACGCUGGUAUAUGUGCCAGUCUUAUUACCUCAUUGUGUCUAUAGCCAUGUUUGCUGCUGACUGGAGUAAAAGGGCCUUGACACAUCUUCCUUCAUUGUUGAUAUUUCACUAGAGUAGCUUGUAUUUCCCAUAAGUACUAAACAGCUGUAAGUGGAGAAUAUUUAAUCUACAAUAAUGAAAGCUUCACAGCUUCCAGAAUAAGUCACACUUAACUUGGAAACGAAAGACCAAAGAAAUGUGAACAUAUUGGUGACCUUGUCACCCAGGUACUGAAUGAAAAUAUAUGGGUGACUGACUGAGAACCACUUAUCUUUGGAAUGAUGUCCACACUGUGUGCAACGGCAGUCAAAAAAGCAAAUGAGAUGUUAAGAUAUUCUCUAUCCCUUUUUUAAUUAUUCCUAUUGCCCUUAUAUAAAUCCAUGGUAUGCCCACAUCUUGAAUACUGCAUACAGAUGUGGUCCCCUCAUCUCAAAAAAGAUAUACUGGCAUUAGAAAAGGUUCAGAAAAAGGCAACUAAAAUGAUUAGGGGUUUGGAACGGGUCCUGUAUGAGGAGAGAUUAAAGAGGUUAGGACUUUUCAGCUUGGAAAAGAGGAGACUAAGGGGGGAUAUGAUAGAGGUAUAUAAAAUCAUGAGUGGUGUGGAGAAAGUGAAUAAGGAAAUGUUAUUUACUUGUUCCCAUAAUAUAAGAACUAGGGGCCACCAAUGAAAUUAAUGGGCAGUAGGCUUAAAACAAACAAAAGAAAGUUCUUCUUCACUCAGGGCACAGUCAACCUGUGGAACUCCUUGCCUGAGGAGGUUGUGAAGGCUAGGACUAUAACAGAGUUUAAAAGAGAACCUCCAUGAAUGUAUCCAGUUAAGUCCGUUAAUGGCUAUUAGCCAGGAUGGGUAAGGAAUGGUGUCCCUAGCUUCUGUUUGUCAGAGGGUGGAGAUGGAUGGCAGGAGAGAGAUCACUUGAUCAUUACCUGUUAGGUUCACUCCCUCUGGGGCACCUGGCAUUGGCCACUGUCAGUAGACAGGAUACUGGGCUGGAUGGACCUUUGGUCUGAUCCAGUAUGGCCAUUCUUAUGUUCUUAUGAAUGGUUUGCAGUUGUUCCUAAUUGUUCUUAGUCAAGUCAGUAACUCAGCCUUUAGUCUUGUUAAGAUACUUUAAUCAAGUCUCUAGCAGAAGGCAUAUUCAGUUAGCAAGGAAAGGAUGCUGUAUAGCCAGUGGUUUUCAGCAGUUAUUUCCAUUUAGUGUAUGGCAUCUUAAGUCCCAGUCAGAUCAAAGGAAUAAUUUCCUCUCCUUGUCUCACUCCUCGUUAAGCUACAGCUUCCUUGGUACCUCUGCCCACAAUACCUACUAGGCUUGUAUCCAGCCCUGGUACCUGUAGCUGAAGCAGUGCUGGGGAGACCUCCAUUCUAACUGCAAACACUGGGAACUCUGACUCCUGAGUCUGAGAUGAAAAGUGAAUUCUGAAAUAGAUUCUAGUUUUGCAAGGACAUUAGUAACCUAAAAAUGUUCACUUCAAGGAAAGUUCCUAACUUGUUUCCAUGGAGUGAUGCUUUUGUGUGUUUUCCUCUCCUAUAGUUUGUGACUAGAAAAAAAACUAAAACCUCACCAGAGAAAAAAUUUUUAUAUGUGGCAAACAGUGUGUGUCUUCCUCCUGUGUGUGGCUUUUGUGACUGAAAGAAACAAACUGUGUUUUGUGUACAGAAACAAAUCGUGGCUGGACUUGGGUAGGAGAUAAGUGGGGAGCCAUGUUACAUGUCCAGUGGCUGUGCCUUGGUGACUCUGGAGCCGGAAGGAGCUCAUUAGAUAUCCUUGCAGGGUGGGGUUUUGGGAGAGAUCUCUAUUCUAGUUCACUUGCAUCCCAGUUUAAUUUUUUUCUUCUUUUUCUCCUCUCCUCCCCCCCAAAAGCCACUCCCUAAGCAUUUAUCAUGUGGUGCCUUGAAACAAGAGGGAGUGAAACCAGAGCCAUAGACUUUAUCAUUUACUUUCCUCAGACCCUUAAUUGCAAGGGUUUCCUCCCCCUCACUUCUCUACCUACCUUCCAAAUAGCACACCUGGAAGUUAGGCUGGUGAUCCCCUAUAGUCUGUCAUAGUUUCAGAGUAACUGCACCUGUAUCCACACAUCCCACUGUGGUCUGCUCCAGGAGGGCCCAAUCAGGUCUCCAGCUGUCACUUGUCUCUGGGCAAGGACCUUUGUCCCACUCCCUUUUCACUGGGGGUUUUAAAGCUGCACAUGUCCUUGCCUUACACUGUGGUAUCCCCCCAAACCAGUCUACCUAACAGCCAGUGGCUGUGUGUUGCUUUCUCUCUGAGGGCUCUGAACAGUGUAUUGCCAGCAGUUACAAGUUAUCACACAGCUCUUUCUAAGCAAGCACCUUUAUUAAGGUAAAAGCAUUACAGAGAAAACCUAUUAAAAACAAUAAAUUCCUAUACACAUGCUAAAAGCUUAUCAGAGGUUACCCUGAUCAGUCAAAGGGGGUGCUAUUAGGCGAAAGUCUUUCCAACCUUCUGCAAGGAUUGGGGCUUCCCUCAGAUAUAAGAUCCUGUCUGUUUGCAGGAUCAGAAAGGAGGCCUGAGUCAGUUUAAACCUAGCUGUUUUAUAUCAAAAGCACUUUCUUUGUCUGUUUGUCUCCUAGUUUGAACCAGUAAGUGUGCAAGCCUUCUUGGGGGUGGUAUCUUUCUACAGGUGUUUACAACCUAAGUGAUUCAUCUUAAUCACCCCCACUAUUUUUCGUUCCUCAGGGGGCUGUGAUGACCCUCCCACCUGAAGUUUCGUACAAUCCCUGGCCCACAGUGAUACAGAAACUUAAAACAAUAUGGUCCCCAAAGAUUGCAACUACAUGCAAUAUAUGUCAGUCUGUUCCUGGCAAAUUAAAACUGCUUUAACUGAGACCUUCUCACCAAGGAGGUGAGGAUUACAACUGAAAGCCUGAGCUCUCUGGCACCACAGGGCCAUUGCCUUCAAAAGGUGUCUUUGUUACUACUGAGCAUGCAUAGUGGAAUGCUUAAGUGCUAUUUUUUCUUGAGGGAGUUGUAGAUGGGUGGAUGCCAAGGCAGUUACAAUGAGAAGGACUUGUGACAAUGCUAACCGAACACAAAAGUAGCAGAUCUUGUGGCCACACUCUAGUGGAGUGUAUGAAUCCAGAGUUGGAGUUGUUAUAUGCUGCUGUGUACUGUGGAACUAGAUGUAGUAUCAAAGCUGCAAAAAUCUCUAAAUUUUAGAUGACUUGUUCUCCUUUCCCAUAUUUGGUAGAACCAUGGCUACAUGCUGUAAUGGACAGUGCAUUGCUAGGCAUAUCCAUAUUAAGACGGCAUGCAGAUCAAAUAGGGACAGUCAUUGAAAUUGUACCAUGGUAAAUUCAGAAUUCGCCUCCUUGACAAGAAUUUAGCAAGAUUCAAAGAGUGAUGGGACACUUAUGGAUUACAAGAAUGUCCAGGGUUAUUGCAGUAAAUACUAAAUUAAAAUGAAGUUCUAGAAGAGGUCAAACACCACACGCUUCAGGGCUCAAAUCAAUCUGUUACUAUCAGGAGUUGCGAGGAGACUGCCUGAAGGGACAGACUAUCCCCUUGUUUACCAACUAUGGCGUUUCUUGCACCUUCCUCUGAAGUAUCUGGUGUGGGCUGCUGCUGGAGACAGGAUACCAUGUGAGAAGGUCUGAUCCAGUAUGACAAUUCCAUAUAUUCCGGUCUCCUAUUUACCUGUGACUCUUGGAAGUGUCAGCUGAAGAAAUGUGUACUCCUCUCCUGUCUGACAGUUUAAGACUCUGUAAUUCAUAUGGAAUAAGAAUCUGAUUUGUGACUGGCUAGAAUGGAUGAUGGGUAAAAGUGAGACCAGUGGUUUGAGCAUUGGCCUGCUAAACCCAGGGUUGUGAGUUCAAUCCUUGAGGGGGCUGUUAAGUUGAUCUGGGGCAAAAAACGGGGAUUGGUUCUGCUUUGAGCAGGGGGUUGGACUAGAUGAUCUCCUGAGGUCCCUUCCAACCCUGAUAUUUUGUGAUACAGACUGAGAUGUUAGAUGCCAGCCAUCAUGCCAGGAGCUAUAGAGGCAUCGCCAAGUGACCACUUUGAAUUUUAGUUACUUUUGAAAACUUUCAGUGGUUGAAGGCAGCCUCCCAGAGGCCUCUAAGGUACCCUCAUGACAGCAGUCUACAAGAUGGAAAGGCCAGUCCCCACCUCUGCAACAUGCCCCUCAGUAGCCUUUCAAUGGGGAAUGUCUUGUAUCUGGACACACCUUAAAGGUUUAUUUUCUUGAUCUGUGGUCUUUUUGUCAGUCCUCAUCUGUGUGAUGUGAAAUGUUUUUUAAUGUACUGUAGUUUCAAACUGAGUCAAGUUCUUUGCACCAAACUGCUGCUCUUUGUCCUUCCAAGGGAUUGUUUUUAAACAUCAAAAGGAUACUUUACCAAAAUGUGGCACUGAAUGUUUUGCUCUAUGGCCCAAAGAAAGUCUAUUUCUAGUGUGCUUGCAUUUCCUUCUACAGCUGAGUUAGCGUGUUCAUCUUCAGUAUGGUGUGGCUGUUUUGUGACAUGUAUUGUUUGAGUUCCAAACUCUUUAAAUAAACUUUUCACUAUGCAA